AUGCAGCAGCCAGAGACACGUUGAAAACAGACAUGUCAGCCUCCAGCGCCUAAACAGCAGCAGGUAUCUGAGUGGUUUUACUGGACUGAGCUCCACAAUGGUUGUUGCAGACUCACAGUCCCCCGACACAGGGACCAUCCUUCGUAUCAGAGGCCGACUGGAGUUGAAAUGUCAGCUAGACUGCACAGAUGCUCCGCUCAUGCACAAAGUCAUCUCGAAAACAUUUGAGGCGCUUCACUCUCAGGUGAAAUCUGAAUGCUGUGUUGUGACAGUUUGUGACAGUCCUGUUUUCAUUUGGCCAAACAGAGGUGUUUAUGCAACACCUGAAGAAAUAACUCCUGACACGCUGUGUGAAGAUCUACAGCAAUGGAUACAGACAGAUGACCAAGAGAGCACUGGCAAGAGAUCUGCAAAAAAGAAACUCAAAAAAAGUUCAGGAGUGAGUGUCAUUAACCUUCGCCUGAUGACAGAGGCGACAAGGAAGGGCCCUCUUCCAGCCCCGAUCCUCAGCAGAACAGUCCAGAAAUCCCACUUCCUGUCUACAACUCUUCCCAUGGACUGUGUCGUUCGGACCACCAGCGAUGACACGAUCAAAGAUGCCUUCGAACGCCUGCUGGAGGCGCUAACUAAUCAGCUGAAUGAGAUGGAGAAAGUGACCCUGCAAUACAUGAAGGGGACCACAAUGGUGGUACCUGAGCCGCUCCACUUCCUCCUUCCAGAGCCAAAAGGACUGGUGACUGUAGUUUACCCAACAGGAGUGCCUGACAGCCAACUAGAGACACAGCGCAAGGAACUGCAUCAACAGUUUGAGCUACCCGAUGACUGGCCCUAUUUUAGAAGAGCCAAUGCUUACCACUUUCCCAGUGAGCCCUACAAAGACGGCUACCUCCGAAAUCCUCAUCUGGUCCUCACACAUCCCACGCUGGACAAUGGAAAGGUGUAUUUGGUCCAGGGGAUCUACAGCUAUCACCACUACAUGCAGGACCAUAUGGAUGACAAUGGCUGGGGCUGUGCUUAUCGCUCCCUCCAGACCAUCUGCUCCUGGUUCCAGCAGCAAGGCUACGUAGAGCGGGCAGUGCCCCCUCACAAGGAGAUCCAACAGGCUUUAGUGGAUGUUGGAGACAAACAGGCCUCCUUUGUUGGAUCACGCCAGUGGAUCGGAUCCAUUGAGGUGUCGGCUGUUCUGAACCAGCUGCUUGGGGUCACUUCCAAGAUCAUGUUUGUGAGUCAAGGGUCUGAGUUGGCAUCCAAAGGCAGAGAACUGGCCAACCACUUCCUCAAUGAGGGGACUCCCAUCAUGAUUGGAGGGGGAGUUUUAGCUCACACUAUUCUCGGUGUGGCAUGGAGUGAGACCACCGGGCAGAUCCGCUAUCUCAUCCUCGAUCCACAUUACACAGGAGCAGAGGACUUACAGGUUAUCACAGACAAGGGCUGGUGUGGCUGGAAAGAACCAGAGUUUUGGGAUCAAACUGCGUAUUAUAAUUUGUGUCUGCCUCAGAGGCCAAAGGUCAUCUGAGCUCUCACAGCCUGUCCGACAGACAUCAGAGACAUUGGUAAAGUGUCUGCGAAACUUAGCAGUGACAUAAUAACCUGUCUGUUUUAUGGAAAUGUGUCCGACAUUGCAAAUUUGAGUAAUUUUUGUAAUUAUGUUAAUUUUAUUAUAAUUUACUCCUUCAUGAACCAUUGUCUUAGCAACACAGGCACAAAUACAGUUGGAUAUAGGUUGGUACUGAAAAGAGAAAUUGGUCAUGUCAUGUUCUGUACUUAACGUACUCUCCAUUAUUUAAUAUGACAAAGGUUGGUUAAAUAUUUAUACUAAAUGGGCUGCUUUCAUUCAGGAAUACAAUGCAUCAAGGUCAACAGAUUUUUAUUUUCACUGGCUGAUUUUACAAAUGAUUAAACUGUACAGUAUAUUUCCCCUCAAUAUGACUUUGUUCCUUUUUCAAAUUUUGUAAAGUUACAGACUAGAGCUGAAACUUUGGAUAUUUUUUAAGCAAAAAAGGCCAAAUAUUAUCUGAUUCUAGCCUCACAAAGUAUGAGGAUUUCAUACUUUUCUUUGUCAUGUAUGAUAGUAAUUUGAAUGUUUUCUGGUUUUAGACUGUUGUUCAGAUGAAACAAGAAAAAUAAAGACAUCACCUUGGGUUUGGGGAAAUUAUAA